AUGCCUACCGGGGCCUUGACAAAGACUUCGCUUCCACUGCCGCUCAUUGCGCGUGGAAAAGUGCGUGAUGUAUAUGAUUCUGGCCUAAACUCUGGUGAAUACAAGGGUGCAAUGCUUAUUGUGGCGACGGACCGGAUCUCAGCAUUCGAUGUUGUACUUGAAAAUGGCAUUCCAGACAAGGGUCGCAUCCUGCAUGGCCUGUCAGAGUUCUGGUUCCGUCAGCUAACACCCAAGAUUAUUCGCUCGCAUCUUCUGGGAACGCAGUUUGAUGAAUUUCCACAGCCGCUAAAGGAAGCCCUUGCUAAUGUGCGCGAUCAGGUCGAAGGUCGUUGUAUGCUCGUUCGUCGUGCCAAGGUGCUACCGGUUGAAGCUAUUGUGCGUGGCUACAUCACGGGUAGUGGCUGGUCAGAGUACAAGCGCAGCGGCACAGUGCAUGGCAUCAAAUUGCCAGAGGGGCUCAAAGAAUGUGAACAGAUUCCAAACGGACCUCUAUUCACGCCGUCGACGAAGGCUGAGCAGGGAGAGCAUGACGAAAACAUUCAUCCAGACAAGGUGGCUGAGCUCAUUGGACCAGAACUUGCUGAGAGUGUUGCAACGAAAGCCAAGCAGCUAUAUGCAGAGGCAGAGAAUUUUGCCAAGUCACGAGGUAUCAUUCUGGCUGAUACCAAGUUCGAGUUUGGUCUUGUGCGGAACAUUGUGAAUGGAAAGGAACAAGAUGAAUUGAUUCUUGUGGAUGAAAUGCUGACGCCCGAUUCAUCGCGGUUCUGGUCAGCCGACAAGUAUGAGAUGGGUCGGUCACAGGAGAGUUUCGACAAGCAGUACGUGCGCGACUGGAUGAAGGCCAAUGGCUUGGACAAAGCGGCACAAACUUUUACGCCCGUGACUCUGCCAGACGAAAUCGUCGAGCAGACAGCUGCCAAAUACCGUGAGGCGUACAAGAUGAUAACGGGUCGCCAGUUUGAAACGACAAACUAA